AUGCCCACGCUACCGACGGACCCCGGUAAGCUGCAGGCAAACAACCCGACACUGUCAGUCACCGCGCCCAUGCCAACCCCCAUGGCCACCGUUUACGUGCAACGCAACGGCGUUCCCACAGCCAUCCUUGUGCCGGCUACGGGCAUCAUCCGCCAACCUCCACCACACUCAUCCGACAACGACUCUGCCUCCGAUACUACAGAAUGCCCGGUCGACACACCGCUCGCCGCCCGCCAACCACGGUCAAAACGUGCAGCGGACAAGUUCCUGGCUCGCCACGACCGCUGCAACACCAAACGGGCUGCACCUCGAAAGCGGCAUGCACAUCCACGUUCCGCCCGGCCAGGCACAACUAGUCCCAUCCCAGAUGUCACACUACGCACCCACCAGGCCAACCCUCUCUCAGACGACGUCCAGCCCAUCCGCCCCAGGCUGCCCCAUGUCUCAUACCCUUCCCAUCGCAUGGGUACGACUCCGCCAACUCUGGAUAGUCCGCAUACGCCACGCUCUCCGGCUCCUGUAGCCCUCCACCCUUCCAAGCUGGCCAAUGGUCCCUCUACACAAAGCUCCCUUCCAGACAUCUGGCGGCAAACCGCUUCUACCUAUGCAGCCACAACUCGCAACACUCUGGCACCCCAUCCUAACACUCUUCCAAGCGACACCGCACCCAUCAAUCCACCCAUUACUGCCCUCCAUGGGCAUUCCGCUGCACCCACCCCUCCCAUCCCAUCCCAUGGGCCACAUCACUCACAGGCACCCCAGCACGCCGACACUGCCCCGUCACCCACGCGAGCCGGUCCUCCCUCAGCACGCGCAACACCUCUCCCGACCACGAACCAUCCGCACUCGCGUCCAGCCCCUUCUUCCACACGCCCUGCCCUCUCUCCCCUCCAGCCCAAGCCAGCCCACACCACCGAAUCCGGGGACGUAUCUCGCACUACUACGAACCUGCUUCUAACCCCAGAUCCCCCCCGCACCACGCUCUGGUCCACCACCCAGCCAAACGCCACUACUCCGAUAUUGAACCAGACCUCGAUUUUCCCCACCCCUCGUUCAACUUUCCACCGAUCAAGCGGCACCACGACAUGCGCUACCCGCCCCCCACAAUACCAACCGAAUACCUACGAACCAGCACCGACCGAGCAGGGGGCAGCUGGCCAAUCCAUUGAAGACGACGACCAGGAGGAGUAUGACACCAACACAGCCCUUCAAUUUCCGGGUAUCCGAACCCUACACGACGAAGGCCAGCCGAUCAUGUACCGCACCAUGCAACGAUACUGGGAUCAUGAGGCACACCUUUUCCAAGGAUUCAAUGCCGACGAUAUUGUCGAUAUCGAGCGACACUUUGCUGACGCCAAAGUACGCAUCCAAUUCUCAAUCAACCCAUCAUUACAGCCCCAGGAGGAAACACUUAGCACACUCAACUACCGGCGCGAGAUCGAGGACAUCUGUCAGGAACGCUACGGCCUCACCUUCCGUGGCGGCCUCAUGGAACAUGGCCAGCAGCUCCUCGGCGAUCCCCUCCAACGUACCGUCCAGGCAUGGGCAGCUCCACGUCGUGGAUACCUCUUCCUUCGUGACAUCUCCGUGGUCAUGGUAUACCAAUACGCUGGUGUGCUCGACAACGGCCUCUCCUUUCACCACCUCGAAUACCCCAACCCAUCCAAAACCACCCCCGGAGACCUCAUGUGUGCUCUUCGCGCCCUUGGAGCAACAGACGCAAUCAUCCAAAGCCACACCCCACGCCGACACUGCCCCGUCACCCACGCGAGCCGGUCCUCCCUCAGUCCGCGCAACACCUCUCCCGAUCACGAUCCACCCGCACACACGUCCAGCCCCUUCUUCCACACGCCCCGCACUCUCUCCCCUCCAGCCCACACCACCGAAUCCGGGGACAUAUCUCGCACUACUACGAACCUGCUUCCAACCCUAGACCCCCCCGCACCACGCUCUGGUCCACCACCACCGACCGAGCAGGGGGCAGCUGGCCAAUCCAUUGAAGACGACGACCAGGAGGAGUAUGACACCAACACAGCCCUUCAAUUUCCGGGUAUCCGAACCCUACACGACGAAGGCCAGCCGAUCAUGUACCGCACCAUGCAACGAUACUGGGAUCAUGAGGCACACCUUUUCCAAGGAUUCAAUGCCGACGAUAUUGUCGAUAUCGAGCGACACUUUGCUGACGCCAAAGUACGCAUCCAAUUCUCAAUCAACCCAUCAUUACAGCCCCAGGAGGAAACACUUAGCACACUCAACUACCGGCGCGAGAUCGAGGACAUCUGUCAGGAACGCUACGGCCUCACCUUCCGUGGCGGCCUCAUGGAACAUGGCCAGCAGCUCCUCGGCGAUCCCCUCCAACGUACCGUCCAGGCAUGGGCAGCUCCACGUCGUGGAUACCUCUUCCUUCGUGACAUCUCCGUGGUCAUGGUAUACCAAUACGCUGGUGUGCUCGACAACGGCCUCUCCUUUCACCACCUCGAAUACCCCAACCCAUCCAAAACCACCCCCGGAGACCUCAUGUGUGCUCUUCGCGCCCUUGGAGCAACAGACGCAAUCAUCCAAAGCCACACCCGUAUGUCCGGAGCACAUGGACCACGGGACCACUGGGCGGCCAUUGGCUGUCUCUACUGGCCCUCCGAAGGUCAAUACCGCUUCCGCCUCGUCUUCCCCAGCCAAAGCAUGGCUGAAAACGUGUACGCCAACUUUCGCCGCCAUGCAGCGGGCCCUGACAGACUUGACUUAGUCCCUCCCUCCAUGAUGCUCCUCCCCCUCCGGGACCUCUGCUGGGACAACCCCUCGGCCACCUUCUUCCACCCGCAAGCCCCGAGUGCCGCCAAACUUAUGGACACCAAAGUGCGCAUUGGCCGCCUCCCACCCCUCACGACUACAGACGACAUCCUCGCGGCGCUCCGCGGAUCCCACCUUCCCACCCCAGACGUCGACAUCACCGGGGAUGGAUAUGACACCCUUACCUUCGACACCCCAGCCCCCCUUGCCUUCCUCGGCAAAUCCCAGCACAAACCUUCCGCACACAACACCGCGCGCGGCUCUGACACGCACGCACGCGGCAAAAGUAGCCACCAACGCGUGGGACAGUACUCCCGCUCUGCCUCCCAACACUUGGCCCCGGAGGAACGCCUACCCCAGGCCUGGCAACUACCCCUUCAGCGUCACCCGGCCCAGGCACCUAGACCCACCGCCGAUCUCAGUCUAUACCUAAGUCGUGAGCUCUCCACCUACGUGGAUCAACGCAUCGUAACAGCCACGGCCCCACUACGUCAAGAGGUUGAAUCCUUACGGGCGGACAAAGAAGCCCGUGCAGCCCUUGUCUCUGCUUCCAGCACUGCCUUCUCCACCCUCGAUGCGCGCCUACUCGAAGAACGACGCCUCCGUGAAGCCGCCGAACUACUACAAGCAGAGGACAACAAAUCACGCACCGAGGCCCAAAUCCGCUUACACACAGCUAUAGCGCAACACGAGGCACAACAGGCCGCACUAGCUGCGCGCCUAUCCUUCCCUGAAUCCAGCGUACACACCCUCCUGCAAGCGAUGCAAUCCGUUUCCUCCCAAAUGACUGCACUGGCAGGCCUUUGGCCCCUACCAGCCAAUCCCUCCCCAGCUGCUCCUAUGUCAGCCUUUCCCGACCCGACACCCCCUCCUGCUACCAACAACGCCGAACCAUCGGCCCUUAGCCCAAGCCCCGAUGCCAACAUGGUGGCAGAUUUUGAUGAGCCCAUGGAGUCAAACUAA